AUGGCGACGCUCGCCACCUACCACGAGGCCGUCAGCACCGGCGUCGAACGCCUCUCGGUUGAUCGCAUUCGGGCUUUCGAGGCCAGCCUGCAGCCCGUGUACGCGCCACUUACGACGGAGGAUCUCGGAUCGGACCCGGAUGUCGGGGAGCCACUCCCCCUUGGCCAGGGCGAGAUCGAGGCUGUCGAGGCGUUCAAGCUCGUGCGCGCCUUCCAACGGACGGCACUGAUCUACCUCUACCGCGUCAUCUGCGGACUGCCGACAUGUCAUGCGCUUGUGCAGCAGCACGUCGAACCCUGUCUCGACGGGCUGUUCGAGGUCCACCCGUCUUCCCACAUCUAUCACUGCGUCAUCUUCCCGCUCUAUGUCGCCGGCGCCCACGCGCAAACAAGUAAGCGCAGAGCCGGCGUGUCUGACAUGGUCUCGGGCAUCUUCAAUGACAUGCGGUUUGGUUCAGUGCGCGCCAUCGGCGAGGCACUGCGCGAUGUCUGGAGGCGUGACGCGGAACGCAUGUCUUGGGCAGACAUGUUUGGCUUUCUAAGUCCGUAUGCCGUCGUGCUGUGA